UUUAUACUCCCCCCCCCCCCAGCGAUCAAAACCCUAGGGUUCGUGAUUUCUCUCUUCUGGCGAACGUUUCUUCUCAUGUAGUUUAGCUUCUUCUUCUUCUUCUGGGUUUCAUUUCUCGUUGACCCAGUUGAUACGUGCUACGGAAUUUUGCCUGUGAGCGAUCGGACUCGGUGUGGGACGUCUAUGGCGGAUUCAUCGCCCGAUUCGUGUUUCAAGGGAGGGAGGUUCUGCGCCCCUGGUUUUCGGUUUCACCCUACAGAUGAGGAAUUGGUGGUCUACUAUCUGAAGAGGAAGAUCUGUAGGAGAAGGCUCAGGGUCAAUGUAAUCGGUGUGGUUGAUGUGUACAAAUGGGAUCCCGCGGAAUUGCCUGGUCAUUCACUGUUGAAAUCUGGAGAUCGACAGUGGUUCUUUUUCACUCCAAGGAGUCGGAAGUAUCCUAAUGGAGCUAGAUCAAGUAGAGGCACUGCAAAUGGGCAUUGGAAAGUUACAGGAAAGGAUCGAACCAUUGUGUAUAAUUCCCGAGCUGUGGGGAUCAAGAAGACUCUUGUUUACUACAGAGGCCGUGCCCCUAAUGGAGAACGGACUGACUGGGUGAUGCAUGAGUACACAAUGGAUGAGGAGGAACUCGGAAAAUGUCAGAAUGCUAAGGAUUAUUAUGCUCUUUAUAAGCUUUACCAGAAAAGUGGGGCUGGUCCUAAAAAUGGUGAACAGUAUGGUGCUCCGUUCCAGGAGGAAGAAUGGGCUGAUGAUGAUAAGGAAGACACAAAUAAUGUUGCUGAGCCAGUGUCUGUUGCUAUUAAGUCUGAUAGUUUUGCUUGUGUUGACAAGGAUGUACUUACACAGGACGAUAUCGAGGAACUCCUCAGAGGAAUUGCAGAUGCACCUCCAGUUUCCUCGAGACAAAUCGACAAUCUUCCUUAUGUUGUUCCUCAGGUAAACAGCGAAGAAGACGUUCAGAACACAUUCGUGAAUACCUCUUCUGGCGGGGUUCUCAUAUGCGAGCAAAUCGGAGAGUUUAUGCCAAACAGUCAGCCAUACAACAGGCGCAUGAGUUUUGGCUCUCUUGUGUCAGCAAACUCAUUUGAGGCUACUGAAGUUACAUCGGCUACUCCCAAGACCAUGGAAGCGGCACCGUUAGUGUUUGAGAAGGAGGAUUACAUAGAAAUGGAUGAUCUUCUGAUUUCUGAUCUGGAUGCGUCUGCUGUUGAGAAACCUUUGCAACCCUUGAACACUGACGGGUUCAGCGGCUUGAGUGAGUUUGACCUGUUGUUCCAUGAUGUUGCCAUGUCUUUUGAUAUGGAAAAUACUUGUCAGGAAACAGCUCCAUGUCCGUCUUUUACGAACUAUUUGGAUUGCAACACAACUGACCAGAAACAGCAUUACCCAAACCAUCAGUUCCAACAGCAGACUGUACAGAGCCAGCUGAACAGCCUCACAGAUCCGAGUGCAGUUGAUUCAACUCAAUUGGUUGGUGAUUUAUGGCUACAAGAAGAGACGGCAGAUCACUUUGACAGACAACAAUAUUAUUCCGAAACAUUUGCUUCACCCUUAUCAGGAGUGAUACAAGGGUCUACAGAUACUACUACGGGCCCGAGCACAGAAGAUCAGGGAGAUCAAGAUUGCCCCGGGGCGAGGAGCCAGUUCUCUAAUGCCUUGUGGGGGUUCAUGGAAUCCAUACCUUCAACUCCAGCUUCUGCGUGUGAGGGUCCUCUGAAUCGGACCUUUGUGCGUAUGUCUAGCUUCAGCCGAAUCAGGGUCACUGCAAAAGCCGAUGGUGCCCCCACUGUGACUGGCAGGAAACCAAAGAAGGCUAUCAGAAACAGAGGGUUUCUUCUCUUAUCAAUUGUAGGUGCUGUGUGCGCUAUCAUCUGUUGUGUUUAUAGUCUCUGAGAGAUUUACCAUCCUCUCCGAGGUUUCAUGAUCUUCGGUUUAGUUAUAUAUAGGAAACAGACAGACAUGGAAUUAACUACUUAGCAGUUGUCUCAAGGAGGGGUUUUGGCCAUGAAUCUUUAACAUGUAUAUAUAUAGUGUGAAAUAUGAUUUUUGUUUUUUUGUUUCU